AUGCAUUUUGCUCCCAUCAUCAUCUGUUUUGCAGCAAUAUCACUUGCUGCCCCAACAAACUUCCUUGACGAUGUAUACGACUGGACCGAGGAACUGUCUGAAUUCUAUGGGAAAGUGAGGCAGUACAUCAAAAACGCAAAAUACAACAUCAGAGCACCAGGGGCUUGCGAGGUUUCUAAGAUUGCUCUGCCCUCAUAUGCUUUGGGAUUGACCAGCCCGUCUGGCCUAAAGCCGAAAUACGUUGCGCUAGGACGGGGUACCCAGAACUAUACAUGUGCGGACUCUACUGCCAAAUCCACACCCACGGCGAUAGGGGCCAUUGCAAGACUCUACAAUGCCACAUGCAUUGCAGCCAAUCUCCCCGAUCUCCUGGCAAACCUCCCCGACCUUUCCUACAAAACUUCCUUACCAACCAACGAAUAUGCCUCGUUUCUUCCCGCCAACCUCGAAUUGUUGGGUCAUCAUUUCUUCUAUGAUGCCACAACCCCCGAGUUCAACUUGAACACCACACCCAAAAAGCAAGAUGGCAUUGUAAUGACUAAAAAAGGAGGUGCAAUCGAUGCACCCUCAGGUGCAGUGUCAGGAAAGCACGGUGCUGUGCCUUGGCUCUAUCUCAUAGCUACCGAUGGAACGGUGGGCAAUUACAAGAGUGUCUAUCGAGUCGACACUGCCGCUGGGCUCCCACCAAAGACCUGCAAGGGUAUGCCAGCUGCAUUUGAAAUGCAAUAUGCUGCAAACUACUUCUUUUUUGGGGAGUAG